AUGGGUGGGGCUGGAGACACGUGUUCCCAGCCCCACCCACGAGAAUCGUUUAUUUGCGGCCGGAAUUCUUUCGUAGGAAUUCCAAAACCUAUCAUAUUAAUUCAUAGGAUUGACGUACUAAUUAUAGGAAUAAAAAAAAUGCAGGGAAUCCAAUUAUUAGCCAUGGGUGGGGCUGGAGACACGUGUUCAAAGCCCCACCCACGAGAAUCGUUUAUUUGCGGCCGGAAUACUUUCGUAGGAAUUCCAAAACCUAUCAUAGGAACUCAUAGGAAUGACGCACUAAUUAUAGGAAUAAAAAAAAAUCAGGGAAUCCAAUUAUUAGCCAUGGGUGGGGCUGGAGACACGUGUUCCAAGCCCCUCAGACGGGAAUCGUUUAUUUGCGGCCGGAAUUCUUUCGUAGGAAUUCCGAAGCCUAUCAUAGGAAUUCAUAGGAUUGACGUACUAAUUAUGGGAAUAAAAAAAAUUCAGGAAAACCAAUUAUUAGCCAUAAGUGGGGCUGGAGACGCGUGUUCCCAGCUUAACCCACGAGAAUCGUGUAUAUGCGGCCUCAAUUCUUUCGUAUUUAUUCCGAAACGUAUCAUAGGAAUUCAUAGGAACGACGUACUAAUUAAAGGAAUACAAAAAAUUCAGGAAAACCAAUUAUUAGCCAUGGGAUGGGCUGGAGACACGUGUUCCCAGCCCCACCCACGGGAAUCGUUUAUUUGCGGCCGGAAUUCUUUCGUAGGAAUUCCGAAACCUAUCAUAGGAACUCAUAGGAAUGACGCACUAAUUAUAGGAAUAAAAAAAAAUCAGGGAAUCCAAUUAUUAGCCAUGGGUGGGGCUGGAGACAAGUGUUCCAAGCCCCUCAGACGGGAAUCGUUUAUUUGCGGCCGGAAUUCUUUCGUAGGAAUUUCAAAACCUAUCAUAGGAACUCAUAGGAUUGACGUACUAAUUAUAGGAAUAAAAAAAAUUCAGGAAAACCAAUUAUUAGCCAUGGGAGGUGCUGGAGACACGUGUUCCCAGCCCCACCCAUGGGAAUCGUUUAUUUGCGGCCGGAAUUCUUUCGUAGGAAUUCCGAAGCCUAUCAUAGGAAUUCAUAGGAUUGACGUACUAAUUAUGGGAAUAAAAAAAAUUCAGGAAAACCAAUUAUAA